AUGUGGAAAUCUGUUGUUUUUGCAGCUUCAAAAACAAAUAAAUAUUCCAACAUAAAUAACUGCUCUAGUUUUGUGAGUAAAUUCAUCCUUUUAGGCUUCUCUUACACCUGGGAGAUACAGAUUCUCCUCUUUUCAGUCUUUUCUGGAACAUAUAUUCUGACACUACUUGGAAACCUGUGCAUCAUCUGCGCUGUGACGUGGGACCACAGGCUCCAAACUCCAAUGUACAUCCUGCUGGCCAAUUUUUCAUUCCUGGAGAUCUGGUACGUCACUUCCACAGUCCCUAAGAUGUUAACCAGCCUUCUCUCCAAGAACAGCACCAUCUCCUUCUCGGGCUGCUUCCUCCAGUUCUACUUCUUCUUCUCCAUGGGCACCACAGAGACUUUCUGCUUGUCUGCCAUGGCCUUUGACAGGUACCUGGCCAUCUGCAGGCCCCUGCACUACCCCACCCUCAUGACAGCCCAGCGCUGCAUCAGAAUGGGAGCUGGCUGCUGGCUCUGUGGCUUCAUGUACUUCCUCUUGCCUAUUUACCUUAUCUCCCAGCUGCCCUUUUGUGGCCCCAAUAUCAUUGAUCACUUCCUGUGUGACCCCGGACCUCUUAUAAAAUUGUCCUGUGUGCCAGCUCCCGGCACCGAGAUCACCUGUGCCAUCUUUAACUCAGUUCUCAUCUUCUCCACCUUCCUCUUUAUCACCAGCUCCUACACCCUGGUGAUCAGGGCCGUGCUGAGGGUCCCCUCAGCAGAAGGCCGGCGCAAGGCCUUCUCCACAUGUUGCUCCCACCUGGCCGUGGUGUCUCUGUUCUAUGGCUCCAUCAUGCUUGUUUAUGUGAGCCCUACAUCAGGCAACCCAGCAGGGAUCCAGAAAUAUGUGACUUUAUUCUAUUCCGUAUUAACUCCUCUUUUUAACCCCUUGAUCUACAGCCUCCGGAAUAAGGAGAUGAAGGAGGCUCUGAGGAAAUUAUUCAAUGCUGUGAGAGUUAGUCAAAAGAAUGGAAGAAAUCUUUGA